GAGGCGAGGCUGUCUUGAGCCCCGUCAGCCUCAGGCAGCUCGAUAUGACCCGAGCAUCUUUCGGGCGUGUCUCUUGCCUCCGCUCGUCUGGGCUCGCUCGAGUAUCACCGUCGUCCAUUAGCCCACAUGUACGCCAACGGCAUCAACAUGCCGACCCGACAACGGCUUCUACUCUAUCGGCUACUGGUAUCUCUCUUAGCCACUGUGUACUUCGUCGGCUCGCCGCCUGCACCUGUGGAAGCAUAUCUAGGCUCACUGGCUAUGCUCAACAAUGCGGUACUCUAUUUCUGGGUCCUUAGCUUAUAUGUCUGCUCGGUCUUCGCUGUCAUUCACUUGUGCAUCCGGUCCUCCCUCCCUGCCAUGUUCUAUGCUGCCCCGUUCUUGAAGGGUCUGGCUAACAUUGAACUCUGCCACCAGCGUGGGCAGUGCCUCAAGUCUGCCGGCGGUGACAACGUCCAUCAGCAAUGCCAACAACAGCUUGCCUCGACCUCGCUUGACUGGGAACUCCGCUUCCACCGCCUCGCACGCGCGAACGCGGCCCUCCAGCAGGCGAACGAGGCGCUCGAAGCCAGCACCGACGCCGCCUGUGCCGACAACGCCGCCCUCAGAGCCAAAGGCGUCGUGCUCCUCCGCAUGACGCGGGCCUGGCGCGUCGCAGGUGCGCGUCGCGUGCGGAAGCAGACCACGAAGCUCGUCGACGCGCGCAUCGAACACAAGAAUACGCUCGCGGGCCUGCGCAAGGAACAGCGCGCACACGCGGUGGCGAAGGACACCGCUAGCACCUGGGAGACUGACGCGCGCGCGUACGAGGCGCAGGUGCACGAAUUGGAGACUAGCUCCCGCGAGCUGCGGUCUGCGCUCGAGGGCUCUGAGACUCGCGCACUGCAACAGGAGCUCCUGGCCAACGACUUGCAGACCCGUGUACUCGACGGAGAUGCCAGGGCCAAGGAGCUCGAGGCGCAGGUCGUCGAGUCCGAGGCGAAGGCCAUCGAGUUCGAGGGGAAGGCCAACGCACAGGCGACAGCCUUCGAGACGCAGACUAAGGAUUGGAAUGCACAGACCGCCGAGCUGACGGCAAAGGCAAAGGCAUGGCGGGCUCGUGCCAAGGAAAUGGACGGGACCGCCAGCGCCUGGCGCACCCGCUCGAACGAGUUCGAGGCCAAGGCCGACGAGCACGAGAUAACCGCUCGCGACCUGCAAACCCGCAACGACAAACUCGAGGGAAGGGUCACCGAGUGGAAGAGCCGUGCCUCGGAGCUCGAGGCCGAGGCCGGCCAUUGGGAGUCCCGCGCUCGUGUCGAGGAAACGAGGGCAAACGGGCUCGAGACCCGCACCCUCGCGCUCGAGGCGCUCGCGGACAAGUGGAAGUAUCUCGCGACAGAGCAAGAGUCGAGGUCGGACGCCCUGCGAACCUGCAUCAAGAAGCUCGAGGCGACCGCUGACGACUGGGCGUCGCGCGCCCGCGAGCGCCAGAUUACUGUGUUGGAGUUGAACACUCGUGCCGCCGAGCAGGAGGAGAAGAUCCACGGCUUGGAGACACGCGCUCUGGACCUCGAGGCGACGGCUGCUGGCUGGGAGUCGCAGGCUCAUGAACACGAAGCCGCUGCGAACGAGUUCAGGGCUCGUAUCACUGAGCAGGAGGCAAAGGCGGACGAGUUGAGCACCCGCGUCGCUGAGGAGGAAUCCAAGGCCAACCACUUCGAAACACGCAGCCUCGAGCUUCAGACGACAGUCAACGACCGCAACGCCUGUAUCGCCGAGAAGGAGGCCGAGACCAACGGCUUGAAGACGCGCAAUUUCGAGCUCGAGGCGUCCGCUGCGGACUGGGAGUCACGCGCCCACACGAGCGAGGCGACGUCCAAGAAUUUGUCCGCCCGUAUCAUCGAGCUGGAAGUCACGGUUCACGACUUCAAGGUGCGCACUCGGGAGCUCCAAAGAAUGGUCGACGAUCGCAACACUCGCGCGGCUGAGCAGACGCAGAUCUUGGAGGCUAAAACGCGCGAACUCGAGGCGACCAUCCACGACCGGGACUCUCGUGUUCAAGAACUCGAAGCACGGGCUCGUGAGUGGGAGUCCUGCGCCCACGAGGAAGAGGCCGCUGCCGCCGAGUGCAAAGCCCGUGCAACCGAGCUCGAAACCCGCGCGGAGGACCUGGAUGCGCACGUCCACGUGCUCGAAGUUGAGUCUGCCGCUUACCAGACGCGCGCACAGAUGUACGAGUUCAAGUUCCACGCGGCGAUGUCCGACGUUGGCGUGGAGAAGUGCAAUGUGCAGCGCCUGGAGGUCGACAUCUACGAGCUCGAGAAGAAGGUAGACGGUCUGCAGCGUCGGGUCAAUGAGCUGGAGGCGCAAGACGGCUGUCAGGAGGCCCACGCGAACGAACAGGAGACGACGGCCAAGGCCUCAGAGCAUGCGACGUGCAUAUUGAGUCCAUUGGACCUGCUUCUAACAACUGUAGCAAUAGGUCUUCCACACGACGUCACCCGCUAGUCGAAUAUACAUUCUUUGACACUUCUUCCUGUA